AUGGACGAGGCUUUCAGAUAUCUGCAAGAUUCGGAGCCACGAGAAGGGAACAGUGCGCAGGCUUUCGCCUGCACAGCCAGUGAAGAUAGGCGACGCGCUACUCCAAUCCUGGAGCGGCAAAUCUCCGAAGCAUUGGACACAGGACAACUGGCAUUCUAUCUCUGUUUUCGUGGAAUUCCCAAAUGGGCUAUCACAGACAUUGGAGUUCAUGCAUAUUUUCAGCAGUACGACAACCCAGACGCUGAUGCGAGACGUGCCAUUAUUGUGCAACUGGAACGUGCGGCUGCUGAGACAGAUAUGGCCGGUACGCUGGACAUGUUUCGUCACUUCUUGGAGGGAGAUCAUCGAGAGCAGUUUUAUGAUGACAUUUACAGGUUGGUGGCACAACACGUCCGUAGCAUGCCGAGACCUAUCCCACUUGCGGACUUGCUGCAUCCCAUGCCGGCUGACAGCGACUCUGAAGUGGAGAGCUCUGCCUCUACAGUCAUGGAGAUCCAUCGGUGUCCACGUUCUCUCGCAGGCGGUCGUAGCAACUUAGACAUCAUCAAUGUCUAUCAACAUGCUUGGGACAAUCGAGCAGAUGCUGCGGAGCUGCGGCGAAUGCGUGCCAGGAUUCUUGAGAAGGUGGAUGCUUGCAUCCAGCAGGUGCCGUGGCGCAACCUUUGUGUAUGCGCGGGGGACUGGAAUGUGCAACUCGUCCCCGCGCACGGGAUGGUAGGCAACAGCACUGCUCACGCUGCGGGGCAGCGUCAAUCCGCACCGGAAAAGGAGGCCCUCACCGAUCUCAUGAUUGCAAGGCACCUGGUUGCCCUCAAUACAUGGUUUCGGGCACUGCGGCGUGAGGCCAACCGGGCGUCGAGGCAGGCUCGCAAGCAACGAUUCGAGCAUCUUCUGCAGGAGGCUGAGAAACAGGCUUCCCAAAACAAUACUCACAAGCUGUAUGCCAUUAUCAGACAACUUGCACCGAAGCAGCCUUACCGCAGGGUCAAGAUCUACGGGGUGGCAGGCGAAAUCCUGAGCAGGGAAGCUGAAGCGGAUCGGCUCCGUGAACACUUUCAGAGCAUCUUCCAAGGCAGUGCUGAGCCGUGGACUCAUGCCUGUGAUGAGCACGUCGAGCCGCCCACACUGGAGGCCGUCCAAUGGGCUCUAGAACAAACGCCACUACGGAAAGCGGUCCCGCCGCACUUCGCGCCAGGUGCGGCAUGGCGUGCAGCGGCCACUAUCCUAGCGCCGUAUGUGCACAAGACUGUCCAGACCAUCUGGAGCGGUGCGAGUGUGCCGCAGCACUGGAAGGCUGCGGAGUGUCUUGACAUCCACCAGAUGUCUGUGCUGGGGCUCGUGAACACGCAGCUCCGUCCGGUCCUUGACAAUCUUCGGAGUCGCCUGGCCCUCGCCAUUGGUACGCCAGACACUGUCAUGCAGAGCCCUGCACUGCAGGAGCAGGCCGGUGUUGCGUGCCCUGAGUGCGGUAUUUAUUUUGAUUGCGAGACGUUGCCCUUGCCUGCAGAGCACAUGACGGAACUCACCAAGGAGGGGGUCGCCUCACUCUUCGGGGCUGUAUUGCCAGCAGUGAGCAUGAACGGGGCUCUAGCGGGCCAACUGGGAGCUCAGGCGACCCAGCUUCAGGAUCGCAGGCCGCCGGCAACACCGCAGUCAGGUCGAGCACAGGGGUCACAGGAUGCUUCGAAAAAGCCGGAGAGACCAGCCAAGUUCCAGAGGCAGCAUGCAGGGAUGGACAACGGGAAGGGCAAGGGCAAACACCAAAAGGCCAAAAGGCUGCGAGAGACCUCAGGAGUUUCUUCGGCGCCAGAUCCGGAGGGCUCCCUGAUACCACUCCUUGCUCAACUCUGCCUGAGACACGAGGACUCCAUCAAGAUUCUUCAGGUGGAUCGUGCAUACACCAUGAUUUUCAAAACCAAGGGCGAGGAGACCAUGCUGGUGACCAUCAACGCUCUCUCGGUCAAGUGGAAAGAGCUUCAGGCUGCGGGGCAGACGGAGUGUUCCAAGCGCAUGGCUCUUUUCAAAGGGGUUCUCCUCGAGCUUCAGACCAGAGCAAAGGCACUCCUGGAGGUGGAGGCCAAGGUGCAGUUGCUAGUGCAGUACAAUUGGCUCACCAGGCCGGAGGGUCGGGAGCCAGCUUGGAUGCCGUUGGUAUGGAGUGUUGCACAGCAAAAGGAGAUACCCUGCCCGGAAGUCGGCCCAUUGUCACAUUCGGAUGCUAUGAAGGCCAUCGAGACACUGCUGGAGCUAGCCUCGGAGCAGAUUGUGCAGCGUUUUCAUCCCACGAGACAGCUUGCGGAGGAAUACACCGGAGAGGUCUUGGAAUUCAAACUGGAAACCAGUCUGAAAGGGGAUGCAGCGAUGAAGGUCCACGAGGCUUUGGAGCAAUUAUGCAGUUCAGCCAUUUGGAUGCUGGUGGGUGACGUGCCGGGUCAGGACAACCAAGGGGUGCCUCUGCGUGUACUCGAGAACGCAUUCGAAACUGAUGAUGGCCGCAUCCCACGCAAGCUUGAGCAAACUGAGCAUCACUUGAUUCUUACCAACAUGCUAGGUUUCCUUAACUGUUUAACCAACGUUUUCACUGGCGGCAUGCAGCUGUCCGCAGCGGUGCCAGGGUUGACACAGCACUGCAGCUUUUCUGUCAAAGCGAUUGAAUUUUGGAGGGCUUGCGCUUAUUCUGAGCAUUUGCAUUUCUGGCAUUACAUCAUGGACCAUUCACAGACGGGCAGAGAACGAGGCACAGCAGGGGCAGCAGGAGAGCCAACUCCAGCACAGAGCCUCGACAUUGCAUACCUGGUUUACAUCGUACAACUUGUGCAGUUCCCACUGUGGGCUUUGGUUGACUCGGGCAUCAGUUGCUACUUCCGUCAACAUGAGCAUUGCGCAGCAACAAGAACUGAAGUCUUCGAUCAAAUCCAGAGCGAGGUGCAAGGUCGGGAUGCAAGGCAUGUGCUUGUAGUUUUCUGUAUGCUUCUGGACGGCGAGUGUCGAACAGCCUACCUUGAAGAAGUGUAUUCCUUGCUACUGCCGGCAAUUGAUGCCGAAAUUGCACAACUUGAAGCGCGGAUGCAGCCAGAUCGUCUUGCACAGCUUGAAGUGUACCAAAGGUCGGCCGAAACUUCGGGCCCCUUCGAGGUUAUCAUUGUAUCAGAUUCAGAUGAAGCGGCCCCCGGGGCCUCUGUUGCAGAUGCCGCCUCGGAAGCUGAGAAACGAGCCUACAAGCGCGCGAUGGUUCGUGCGCAGACCCAGGGAGUCGAGAUGAGACAGGGGCGGCUACUUCACAGACAAGGCCGGGUACUUCAUACGAGAAUCCCGGCUCCGGGAGGUGCCAGCUGCCUUGAUGUUGUCAAUGUGUAUCAGCACGCUUGGGAUCAGCGAGCAGACGCUGCGGAACUUCGGCGCAAACGUGCCAGGAUCCUCGACAGGGUUGACUCUUGCCUUCAGCAGGUCCCGUGGCGUAACGUCUGUGUUUGUGCCGGUGACUGGAAUGUGCAGCUUGCUCCUUCACCCGGGAUGGUCGGCAAUAGCACGGUGCAUGUGGCAGGACAUCGCCAAUCAGCACCAGACAUGGAGGCACUCACGGACGUUAUGAUUGCUAGGCACUUGGUAGCCCUCAACACCUGGUCAGGUCCGCGCAGACAGGCGUUCACCUUCGAACACCAGGAGCAUCGCACUCAACUCGACUACAUUUUUGCCCGGCGGCAUCAGGUUACGAAUCGCAUGCGACAAUGCAAGCCUCUCCAGGCGUUCCCGGUUACUGCUUGGCGGCAGUCGGGCCUGCAUAGGCCAUUGGCCGUUGUUCUUGACUAUCGGUGGCAGCCUAAAGCCCGCACACAUGCCAGUCGGCGUGUGGACACAGAUGCUUUGGCACAAGCGGUCCAGUGGCACACGCCCCAGCUGCAUGCGUUCCAAGAUGCAGUAAGGCAACAAUUGCAAACUCAAGUGAUCACGAGCACACUGGACCUCCACCAGGUACUCUAUGAGAGCGGUGUGCAAUUCUUUCCGGCGGUGGAGGCACUUGCAAUUGGGCAAGUUGUACCGGCAACAGGCGGCUACCCACCUUUCCAGUGCAUGGCAGGCACGCAAGCAGCGCUUGAGCAUCUCCUGAUCGAAGCUGAGAGGGUGAAGAUCUAUGGCACCGAUGGUGAAAUCCUGAGUAGCCAGGAUCAAUGGGAACAUGCGUUCCAUGAAUGCACAGCCACUCCGUCUGUGGCGGAUAUUGGUGCGGCGUGGCGUGCCACCGCAGGCAUCCUAGCACCGUACGUGCAUAAGACAGUGCGUGCAGUCCAUUUGGUGCAGGAGUACGCAUACCGUUGCCCGCAACACGCUUACUUGCCGCAGAGAUCAACGGAGGGAGGCUACAUUUUGUCGCUUGACAUGUCAAUGGCUUUCGACGCUGUGCCCAGAAGUCUUGUGAGAGAUUCCUUGCUGGCUGCAGGGGUUGGGGAUCACGAAGUACACAUCAUUAUGGAAUGGCUCACCGGCUCUACAUACCACCUUCAGCAUGCACACAUCAAUCUUCGCAUAGUGACUGAGCGUGGCAUCAGGCAAGGAUGUAUUUUGUCCCCGCUGAUCUGGACAUGCUUCACUUGUUAUGUUGCCUACCAGCUGGAACCGAUCAUCCCUCUCACUGACCUUCAAAUUUAUGCCGACGAUUUUCUCUUGAGCAAAAUUUUUCACACGAAGCAGCAGUUCCUUGAUGCUUUGCAGACCGCGGUGGACAAUCUCCGGCAACGCCUGGGCCUUGCUGCGGCCACGCCAGACCUUAUCAUGCAAAAUCCGGAAAUGCUUGCACAGGCCACUUGGGCACGUGAGCAGCUGAAUGACGCAGUCACAGGGCUGCCUUUUCUUGCAGAGCUUAUGACCGAGCUCACCAAGGAGGGUGUUACAUCUCUGUUCGCGGCAGUGCUACCAGCAGUCAGCUUGCUCGAGGGCGGAACAGGAGCACAGGGAUCUCAAAACAAGAAUCCCAGACCCCCAGCGACACCCUUGACAGGGCAGGCACAGAUGCAGGGACCGAAGGACAACAAGAAGCCAGAGAGACCAGCAAAGUUCCAGAAAGGCCAGGGCAAAGGCAAGAACAAAUCAAAAAGGCAGCGCGAGACAUCAGAGGCUUCUUCGGAGCGAGCUCCAGAACAAUCGCUGAUCCCGCUGAUAGCCAAGCUAUGCUUGAGGCACGAGGACUCAAUCAACAUUCUUCAGGCGGAUCGAGCAUACACGAUGAUCUUCAAGACCACAGGCGGGGAGACCAUGCUGUCGACAGUCAACGAUCUUUCAAUGCGAUGGAAGGAACUUCAGGCUGCAGGGAAGACCGAUUGUCCCAAGCGCAUGGCUCUCUUCAAGGGCAUCCUCCUAGAACUCCUCACGCGGGCCAAAGCGGUGCUGAGCGUGGAGGAAAAGGUGCAGCUGCUCAUGCAAUACAAUUGGAUUGUCAAGCAGGACGGACGGGAGCCAGCUUGGAUGCCAUUGGUCUGGAGUGUGGCUCAGCAGAAGGAGAUCGUGUGUCCAGAUGUGGGACCGCUCCCACACUCCGAUGCGGUGAAGGCGCUCGAGACGCUGCUGGCAUUGGCCAGCGGGCAGAUCGUGCAGCGCUUCCAUCCAACGCGGCAGCUCGCGGAGGAAUACACCGGCGAGGUGCUCGAGUUCAAGCUGGAGACCUCGAUCAAAGGUCUCGAGGCGAUGAAGGUUCACGAGGCUCUGGAGACCCUGUGCAGCUCCGCGAUUUGGAUGCUGGUGGGUGCCAGACUCCGACCACAGGGGCUGAAGAGAGAUCCACUUGCGCGGAAACUUCAGGAGCUGCUCUCCGGCGGGGUCUUUGCAUGGAGCGCCGUCUUGCAACAGUGGUCACGACCCCAGCAACAACAUGAUAUAGGUGAGUUUGCCAUGCAUGCAUUGCCAAAGCUGCGGACUGGCAUGAUGCAAGGCCUUUGGUUUGCCAGAGUUAGAGCUGGGACCCCAGCAGUCCCAGAGGGCCGUGAAGUGGAUCGCGGCCCUUUGCAUCUCCCAAUCACAAUGCCAAUUCCAGAGGAUGCGUGCACCAUACAACAGUGCGUUGAGGCUUGGUGCCAGCAGGAUGAUGCUCAUGCUUUGGGGUUUGCCUCGCCCUUAAUCCUUGUGCAGCUCGGUCGCUUCCGACAGCGAUCACACCGACAUGUGAGCAAAUUCGAAGGGAUUGUUGAGCUUGAUGGGAUCAUUAGCAUACCGGUUUUUGCCAAUGACAAUAAUCUGGACUUGAAUCACUGUCAAUAUCGUGUCAUUGCGGGGGCUUUCCACAUUGGAAACACCCCAGCCUCAGGUCAUUAUCGAGGUCUCCUUUGUGAGGCUUGUGAUGUGCCGGGUCCGGUAAACCCAGGGGUGCCUCUGCGCGCACUCGAGAAUGCUUUUGAGACCGAUGAUGGUCGUAUCCCACGCAAGCUUGAUAGCGCCGAACAUUCGCUUAUAUCCUCAAAAACACGUAUCUUGUCUGGUUGCUCAAACAAUGUUGAGCACACUCCUUGA